UAUCAAACUGGAGAAACUAUUAGCACGGCCAGAACCAACACCAGGAGUUUCAGAAGAAUGGGGCUCUGGUUGGAAUGGUCCAAAUUUUAUUGUGGAAAUCGAAGAGACUGGCUCUGCCUCAGCAACGAACACAGAUUAUCUCAACAGCAGCGAAGAUGUGACCAAUUUAGCUCCACUGAAUUCCACCCUAGCGGGGAGUGGUCCCAAAAUCGUAGUACGACCGGAAGAGGUGAUCAUUGUGGGCCUAGUGUUGAUGCUUUGGGUUGGCGCCAUCGUGCUGUUCUUUAACCGCUGGGGUAAAAUACGCAUGCUGGAACCCUAUCAACCGAAAUUCCAGCAACAGCAUCGGUCUUCCUGUCCGCUAGUCGAUAUUGAUGCAAUACCAACACAUGGGCGCGCAUCUGUAUCUCGUAUGUCAAUGGGUUUAGUUAAUAACAUAAAUAUGCCGACCUGUCAAUUCGCUGCUUAUAAUCCGACGAUAUAUGCGAAAGGUUAUGCUGUGAAUAUGCGCCCUCGGCAAAACUCGGUGUUCGUUGGCUCCAGCCCCAGUCAGUUUAUGAUGCCCCGACCGCCGCGUAAAACACGCUCCGCCAUGGACUUACAUUCGAUGGUGCUGGAUGAAGCGGCGGAGCAGGUUUAAACACAUUUCCAUGUUUACUAUGAAGCACACCAACACUUAAGAUCAACACUAAAGUUUCUUAUGUAAAAGAUAUGAAUGCUUUUGCUCACUAUCACUCUCAAACUAUAUGAAUGAAGUCAAUAGAAUAUUUACUCUAAUGUAAUUAAUUGUUUGCUCUCGCACUUGUUAUUUGCUACAAGUCACUACUAUUUACC